UCUAUUUGACGCAUGUUAUUAUGUGAUUAGUUUUUAUUGUCAUCUGAUUCUCGGGAUUUAUUUUUUAUUUUUAUUAACAACAAUAAAAUAAAACUCCAACAUGAUAGAUGAGAGUUUCAAUGACGAGGCGACAGCCGAAACCGUCGUUGAAGAAGAAAAAGAAAAGCCAAAAGAAAAGACUGUUAGCGCUAGAUUGAUGCUUACCGAAGAACAGCAACGUGACUUGCUAGAGGCUUUCAACUUGCUGGAUUAUACUGGUGAGGGCAAGAUCAAGGCGGAAGACUUUCGUGUAGCCAUCAAAGCCUUAGGAUAUGAACCUACCAAAGAAGAGUUACAGAAGAUGGUUAACGGCGUUGACAAAGGAAACACAGGAAGGCUCAGUUUUGAGAACUUCCAAACGGCCAUUAUGAGAAAAAUUAUGUCGCUGGACAAUGAUGGCGAUAUCAUGAAAAGCUUCCGCCUAUAUGACAUGGAUGAUACUGGUUUAAUAAGUUUCAAUAAUCUUAAGAAAGUUACACGUAUACUCGAAAUACCUCAGACAGAUGAGGAAAUCGAAGAAAUGAUAGAUGACGCAGAUACGGACAUGAAUGGCUUUAUUUCAGUGGACGAGUUCAUGAAGAUUAUUAAAAAUUGUGUCCAUAUAGUAACACCUUGAGAAUUAAAUCUACCCAUUUCUACCUCAAAUUGGACUAUUUAUUUUAAUGGCAACAUGCAGCAGUUGAGAACGUACGAAGAAAUGUAGAUUUAAAUGUUUUAAUUAUUAAUCUAUUGUUUUAUUGUGAUAUUAAAUGUUAACUUGAAUAAUAUACGACCUAUUUUAA